AUGGGGGGUCCAAACCAAAUUCGCGAAGCUUUCGGCAUUGCUAAGAACUUUCUGACCCCAGUCCUCGAUCGAGAGGAAAUACAAAAGACCCAAGGUAAAUCUUUGCUGCAGAUCCUCAGUGAAACCUCUGGGGAGAAUGAGGGUUCUAGUGACGAUGCCGCCAGACCAACGGUGAUCAAUCGGGCUUUGGAUAUAUUAACCAGUCUUCACAAAUCCUUUGUUUUGCCUGCGGAUCAACAUAAACUCCUUCAACCUUUUGACGAGGUUGGAGAUUCGCCUUCAGAAGAUGCUAAGCACCGUCGUAUGCUACAUGCAUUGCUGGACCUAAUCUCCCUGGAAGGGAUAUAUCCUUCGCUGUCAUCUGGCGCUGGGAUUCCGCUGCAGCAACGCGUCAUCUCGGUGUUACCUGCCGGUGUUAUUGCGAAGCAGGCUCAAGUGGCUGCCAGCAGUACACCGCACGAUAAGCCUCUUUUGCGUCGCAUAAUCGACGUUUUGCUCGACAUUCUCUUCGACCCGAGACCAGGGCUUCAGCCGAUCAUUCGUGGUCGUAUAUUAAGUGACAUAAUCAGUGGCAUUUGUGACCUGGCUUUCAAUCCAAAUACUCCGGGGCCGUCUCUCCAGGACACAUAUCAGAAAUCGUUGGCCAAGCUAAUUGAUGAUACUCCAACCACUGUCUUGCUGCCUACGAUGUCCACAUUUUUGCAGUCGGAUACUGCACCAUGGUUCAAGGCAACAAUCUCCAGCCAGAUCUCGCACGUUCCGCUACGACCUGGCGGCGUAGUGCAAACCAUCAUGUUCAUUGCAUCGCAGUUUUCCCCAUCGCUAGGCCAGGAGGCGCAGGACCAAUCAAACGGUCCUCGUUUAACUGUUCAGGCCAUCAUGCAAAUAUCACGACUCCUUUCUUCUGUGCCAUCAGAUGUUGACCCAACUGUCUAUUUUGAGACAAUUGCUCCCCAGCUGCUAGCAUUGAUAGACGGUGACGAUCCAGAUCUAAGGAAAACCGCAUCAUACGUCGUCGGAAAUGGCAUUUUGGGGAAACGUGCUUAUGGUGCUCCUGGUACUGUUGGUCACUCCAUCUUUGUGGAGCCAAUAUUCAACGCACUCACCGCGAACCUCGAUGCUAAAUCGAGGCGAUGGAUCACUCGGUUCACCAACAUUGAAGGCUCUAUGCCACCCACCACUGAAGCCAAUCCCGCAUCAAAUGUCUUGGUGGAUAAUGCCACGGUGGACCUGGCUUUAAACAGGCUCAGAUGUCUGACGCUACAGCACCCAAACCCUGGUCUUGUGAAACGAAUUGUGUACCCAAUUCUUCUUCCGCUGUGGGGCUUGGUCUGGUUUUCCAAGGAGGAAGAACAGGCCACACUCCAUGAACAGGUCCUCCCCCUGCUCCAAACGUAUUUUGGUAUCUCUGUUGGUGUGCAGCCCCUGAAAAAGCUGGUUGAUAAUCUUCUUUGGGAUGGGGGAGCGGCGUGGACAUAUGGUAAAGAUUCGGACGACGGAAUCGUGUUGCUGAGGCGGAAUGAGGACACGAAUCAGCAUUCAAAUCUGAUACGGCUGAUCGAUUCCCUUCAAACACGCGCAGAACUUUUCGUCAGUCUCAUUGGCUCGGAUCCUAGCAGCGAGGAACGGACCGGCGAUGUCUUCCUCUAUGUCAGUGAGAACUGGCUGGUGCAGCACCAGGGCCCUCCAACCCCUCGCAACACAUUGAGUGGGGGUCCUGCUGGUGAAAGUGAUAACAUCAUUCAGAAGCUUGUCAGUGCCAAGGUUGCAGAGAAGCUGCUUGAGCACUUCAAAGAAGCACUGACUCGACGCCCGCUCCGAGUUUUAGAGCUCAUCAAGCAAGUCAUUGAUGGGGAGCUACAUAGACUUAUCGCCCAAGAAAAAUCGAUGCAAGGCCAAGUAAAUAGCAAGGUGUCCCUGUCAUCUUUAGCUAAUAUUGUGGAAACGGGGAACAAAGAAGAGGCGCAAUUAGCCAACGACUCCUCCGAGUCUGUUUCAACAGCCUUCAGUCUGAUGUCUACGCUUCUUGCAUCCGCCGACUUCUCUCCCACUGCUGAAAUCCAGCCCCUCCUUGAAUCUCUUAAGAAGGACCUUGAUCAACUCAUUCCUUUGCUCCCUUCUACCCUUUCAAAACCAGCAACGACCUCAUCUAUGCUGCUAGAGAUUCACCUUGCCGCUGCAGACGAGACCACAGUCAAGGCAGCACCGGCUCACGUUCAGGAUCUUGACACACAUCGUCAAGCACUUGCGAAUCUCAACUCAGAUCUCCCGCCUGUGCAGGCCGAGGGCCUAUCGCUGAUUUCCAAACUGAUCAUGAAUUCAUCGCCUGUUAUUGAUGUGGGGUCAACCCUCACACUCCUAUUAUCAGUCAUCACCGACAGUUCCAAGACCGCUGCAAACGAAGAAUACACAUAUCUCGGCGCAAUAAAGAUAGUUGGCACACUGGCAUCACGCCAUCCGCGUACCGUGAUCAAGACCUUGGUUGAGGACUACGCAGACAGACGCGAAAAACGAGCAUUGGACGAAAGACUCAGGAUUGGUGAGUGUCUGUUGCGAACGGUGCAGGAAUUGGGGGACGCGCUGGCUGGUGAGACGGCCAAAAUUCUUGGUGAGACUAUGAUUGCCGUCGCUGGACGGCGCGGCAACAAACAACAUGCACAGGAAGCUCGCAAGAAGCAACUUGCCAAGGAGAAACGGGAACAGGAACGUGCGCAGCGCAAAGAAAAAGAACCGACCAUGCCUGAAGGCUGGUCUGUCUCAUCUGGAGUAGCCAAAGCUGCAUCCGAACUCGACCUCACAGACCUCCAUUCGGAUGACGAAUCCCCAGAGCAAUCAGCAUACGCCACAAAUGUCGUCGCUGCAUGGGCUGCCGGUGCAUCCGCAGAUGAUGCCCCUGAUGACCUUCGCAUCCGGGCAUCGGCCAUUUCCAUCCUUGGAUCGGCUAUCAACGUGAACAUCCUCGGCCUUGGCCCCGUCAUUCUUUCCUCCGCGGUCGAGCUCGCACUUGCUACCUUGACCCUCGAGAGGGAACCGGAGAGUGCCAUCCUCCGCCGAGCGAGUAUCAUCCUGAUUUUGGACAUUCUCAAAGCUCUUGAGGCAGCGCGGGAGACACGCGGAAACCAGGACAUCGGGUUUGGCUUUUCGCUUUUGGACGACUCGUCUUCCAGUUCUGCCGGCCCAUAUGGUUCCAGCAUGCAGGGACAGUCUACCAUUGGCAGUAUCCCUGCUAUUCUACGCACGCUUCGCUUUGUCGAGAGUAGUGAGGAGGAUGGGCUCGCUCGUGGAAAUCUGCGCGCUUUGAUCGAAAGCUUGGAGGCCUGGUCGGAGAAGUCUUUGAUGUGGGGAAUUGGCGCCCAGAACGGUCAAGAUGCCUUCAACCCACAAUUUGGACUGGGCGACAGAAUUGCCGGUCUACAUAUAGAUCCCAUGGCAGGGGAAAUUAGUGGACGUCCACGCAUCGAGGAGAUUGAAUAA